AUGCUGCUGUAUGUAAUUGUCCUCAUACUGAUUACUGUAGUAGCACUUUGGCAGAAGCAAAAAAAGACUACAUUCGCGAGUUCAGAGGAGAAGCAAGAGUUGGCAAGCGACAAUGUGAGAAGUCUGAAUCAUGCUUUAGUGUGCCAGGAUAAAAGCAUCAUCAUUCUCUACGGUUCUCAGACCGGGACGGCGGAGGAGUAUGCCCGUCGACUGGCGAGGAAUCUACACGACGAGUAUUCAAUUGCGGCCGAGGUAGCGGAUAUCGAGGAUUUCGAUGCCUCCUCCCUGAAUGAAGUCGCGACCAAAAACUCAAGGACUGGAAGGAGGGUACUGGUGUGCUUUAUUCUGGCGACAUAUGGCGAUGGAGAACCUACCGAUAGCACCGCCUCUUUCUACCAGGAUCUUACUACUAUCGAAACGAAAGAUGAGGGAGGCGACUUUCCACUACGAGCUCUUCACUACAUAGCCUUUGGGCUAGGGAACAACACAUAUGAAAAGUUUAACUUCAUGGUCCGCAGCUUUGAUGAGCAUUUGCAGAGAAUAGGAGCGACAAGGCUCGGUGCCCGAGGAGAAGGCGACGACGGCCUUGGGACGUUAGAUGAAGACUUCCUCGCGUGGAAAGACGAGACCUUGGUAGAAGUUGCCAGUCAUCUCCAUGCGAAGAAAAGCGACAAAAAAUUUGCUUCUCCUUACGAAAUUGUUGAGAAACCAGAGCUGACUAUCGACUCUGAUGGUGUGUUUCUCGGAGGACGAAAAGCAACAGAGCUAGGGAACAACGGCCUCCUGGUCGGACCAUUCGAUGGAAAAAACUCUUACCUUGCACCUCUUGGGUAUUCGAAACAGUUAUUUGCCCCAACCUGCGAUAGAGAUUGUCUUCAUAUUGAGUUUGAUAUCUCUGGAACGAAUCUGUCAUACGAAACUGGCGAUCACCUUGGAGUAUUGCCUAUAAAUCCGGAUGCGGAGAUCCAACGAAUGCUCAUGGUUCUUGGUCUAUCUAGCAAAGGAGAUACCGUUAUUACAAUCUCAGCAAAAGACGGCUCGGGCGCUAAGGCGUUCAUUGUGGAGCCUACGACAUAUUCUACGAUUCUCCGGUACAAGCUUGAUAUAUGUGGGAAGGUUUCGCGUGAGAUCUGUGGCGCACUUGCUGCGAUGGCUCCGAACGCAGAAGUCAAGGCGCAUAUGAUUCAACUAGCAGCAGAUAGGAACCUUUUCCACUCUACUGUAACUUCUCGUUGCUUGAAUCUCGCUCAGUUCUUGGAGACUGCUAGUAAUGGCUUACCUUGGUCAUCUCUACCUUUCUCCUUCCUGUUAAGCUGUCUUGCGCCUCUACAACCACGAUACUACUCAAUAUCUUCAUCAGGACAAGCGUCUCCUAAGACAAUCCAUAUCACUACUGCAGUGAAGGAUGAACUUCUAGGAGAGCCGAAUCCAAAUAGAUUUUUAGGCCUAACGACCAAUUACCUGAAAGGCUUAACCAUAGCGAACAAUGGUAAUCGCGAAGUAUCCCCCAAUCGAACAUUACUACCAUCUCCCGGCAUCCAAAGCCUGCCUGGUAUGGUAGCGGUCCACGUUCGUCGCUCAAACUUUCGGUUACCUGCAAGUUCCCAUACCCCGAUAAUCAUGAUCGGCCCAGGGACCGGCGUCGCUCCUUUCCGCGCAUUUAUGCAGGACAGACGGCUGCUCGCCAAAAAUCAGACGCAGAAGCUGGGCAUGUCCAUCUUAUUUACAGGUUCCCAAAAUCGCGCAAAAGACUACAUCUAUGCGGAUGAAUGGGAGGAUCUGAAAGCGGUACUGGGAAAUGACUUCCAGAUGCACACAGCCUUUUCUCGGGAAUCAGAUGAGAAAGUUUAUGUACAACACCGCAUGAUGGAAGUCAAAGAACAGUUAUUUGAUUUGAUUCACAAUAAGAUGGCAUGGAUCUAUAUCUGUGGCGACGCCGCACACAUGGCAAAAGAUGUCAAUGCCGCACUUGUGGAUAUCGUUGCUGAAGGAAAAAGCAUCGCAACGAAAGAUGCAGCAAAUUACAUUACGAAUCUUAAGGACAGUGGUAGAAUGCAUGAAGAUAUAUGGUAG